AAACCACGUUAUAUACAGAAUUUAUUAGUUCAAGCUGAGAAACGUAAAAUUGAAUAUGAACGUAGGAAUGAAAGAUUGAUUCAGAAAGAAAGAGAGACUGAAGGAAAUGAAUUUAAAGAUAAAGAAGCAUUUGUCACUUCAUCAUACAAAAAAAAACUGGAGGAGUUAAAAAAAUUGGAUGAAGAGGAUUUAAAACUUUCAUUAAUUGAAGAUAUAAAUGAUGUUACCAAACAAAAAGACAUGGGCAGCUUUUAUAGACAUUUAUUCAAGUCAGAAUUGUGUAACAAUGAUGAUGAUAAAAAUAAUGAUAAUGGUGAUAGUAAAAAGCCAAAAAAAUCUGAUGCAAAUCGCCAAUACAGAAAACGAGCUUCAUCAAAUAGUUCAAAUGAUAAAGACAAUGACAUAUCAGAUUCUGAUUCUUCAGUAGACGAAUCUAAACGCAAAAAAAUUGAAAAUAAUAAUGAAGAUGUAAAAAUAAAAAUAGCAGACAAAUCAAAGGUAAAAUUAGAAGAAAAAUUAUCAGAUGAAGAAAAAUGCAAAGUUGAAGCAGAAGAGGAAUCAUCAAAUGAUAAAUCUAAAUUAAAAGAAAAUAUAACUAAAGAUAUAUCUGAAGUAAGAAAAAUAGAAAAAAAUGAAAGUAUACCAAAAGACAUUAUACCUAAAAUAAAUAUUUGGAAAAAAAGAACAAUUGGUGAUAUUUACGAAGCAGCACGUCAAAGGUAUUUUGAAAGAAAAAUGAAACAAAUUAAUUAAUAUACUCAAUCCUAAAAUAUAUUUUUUAUACAUAUAAUUA